AUGUCUCGUGUAUCAAAGGUCGCAUCUUUCCUUGCGCUGGCCUCAACCGGUCUAGCGCAACUUCCCAGUAUCCAGCCCUUUACUGUUACUGGAUCUCUAGACAGCUGUGAUGCCACGGGCACAGAAUACAAUGCCGGUGGUAGUAUCACGGUCAACAACUUCAACAUCGAAGUACCACAAAAUCUUAUCGUUCAGUUACCGGUAGUAUUUGCACCAUUUCGGGAACUCUGCAACGCUGGAGCUCUCGGGUUUGAGACUACAGUCGUUGGAAACAUCGUCAACGGUAAAGUCAUUGCUGGUCAGGUCUCAGUCGCCCAACGGUUCGGUCUUGAGGGAAGCCAAGGAUACAUCUCAGCUAUCAACGAAGACGGUACGCUCCAGAUAGCCAGUGGUCCGAGGGUCCGCAUCAACGACCCUGACGGCUUGUUCGGACCACAGUACGACUCUCAAAAGUACUGGGUCGCCGACACAGCCAGUCCUUCAGUAACAUCCUUCUCGGGAUUUCCCAUGUGUAUUCCGUACUCUGGAAACACUGCCAAGUGCUCAAGCUCGAAUCGCCCUACCGGCCAAACCUUCACACCGCAAGACCCCCUUGCCAUGGUACCUUUCAAGGUUGGCGAUUUCAUUGAGUACUCCGGUCUCAAAGUUGGUGGCGAGAUCCUCGCCUCGUCCAUUGUAUGCCCCAGCUUGCACAUCACCACUGGAGCUGGCGCACCCAACUAUAUUCGUGUUGAGGACUUCCUCGUUGGCGUGCCAGACAAUGCAGCGAACGUAGAGUUUGCGGAUAUACGCGCCAUCGGUUUCCUGUCUAGCUGUGCUGGCGCUACAGUCACCAUCAGUGCCAUCGAUGUCGACCCUUGCACGGGUAAGGAGACCUAUCGCACUAUCGGUACAACCCAACCCAAGCAGGAGACUCGGUGCAAGUGGGAGGCUCGCAUUGCGCCGCAAGCUCAAGCUCCAUUCACCCGCGAAUAUCGCAUUACGACCAACACACCUGUCAAGGAGACCAAAGACGGCAUCAAAGCUGGUCAGUACAUCGCAGCUGUUAGCGAGUGGAUCUUCCCCGAAGUCGAUGUACCUGGAACCAACCCACCGCCGUAUCCAUUCAACGACAUUCGAGGCUUGGUACAAGGAGACUUCCUCAACGGUAAACAGUACGGUCCCCUGUCGCCAUUCCCAGGCCCGUCCCCUCCAGCGCCAUCCAAGAGCUGCAGUCCUGCGGAUAUCCCAGACCCAAAUGCCACGCCAACCCCUUCACCCACUCCUUCAUCUACUCCCAGCCCGGACACGCCUACCGAGCCAUCCACACCACAAACCGCACCAAUCGCCUCCAUCGCCACCUUGGCAUCUGCGCUCCGCGUCGGCACCGACGUCACACUUCUCGGCUCCAACACCGCCACAGGCCUCAAAGACACUGACCUGAACUUUGUCUGGACCAAAACCACACCUGCCUCCCCGGCCAUCAGCAUCACCAACGCCAACAGUCCCAGCGCCACCUUCCUCGCACCAAAGGUCACAACAGAAACCUCCUUCACCUUUGAACUGACCAUUACCUCCAAGACCGACGCUACAAAAUCCAGCAAAGCAACCGUCACCGUCAAGAUUAACCCGACGCUCGCUGACACCGUCACUCUGGAUACCUACACCUGGGAGUCACGGCAAUCAGGCUCUAUAACCGCGUCUUGCACUUCCAACGUCAAGAACGGAGACAACAAAGCUAUGACGCUGCUGAUUAACGGGACAACGAGACGGACCAUGGUGGCUGUGACUGGACAGCCGGGUAGAUGGACAUACUCUGCUAGGGACACGGCGAGGCCGACGAAUGUCAAGUGUGUGAGUGAUUUGAAGGGAGAAAGUGCGGUGAGAACUGCUACUACUACGAGGAGAAGGAGGGCUUUUGUGGCAUGA